GGAUAAAGGCAAUGUCGAAUUGCCUUUCUUUUUCUUUGUCUUUACCUGGAGAGAUGGAGAGAGGCUCAGUUGCUCGUUGCCAUCUCCAAUCCUGUGCAUACCUUAAAAAAGGAGGAUUUUUGGGUUUGAAUAAUUUAUCCUAUAACACUCUCUCUCUUGCCCACAUCUCACUAUAGAGACUGAGAGAGAGAUUGAAUUCACCUUUAACUGCAGGCUUCAAAGCCGUGGCCUUUUCAGCCCUGUCGUGAUUAUACUGGAGCUGCACUUUUGCAAUUCCUGAAGAGUGAGAAAAGGAGGGAGUUUUGGGUUGCAGAAGCUCUUUGAAUGGCGCUCUCUAUUGGACCCAUUUCCCACUCUCUCCCUCUUACCAGAUUACAAACAGGUCAACCAUUAUGCAUCACUUCUAAUCUUUUGAAGCUUCAAGAAAUUAGAUUGCAAAGGAAUUGGUGUUUAAGAGCAGUUUGUUCGAAGAAAAAUGCAGAAGAAUUUGGAGAAAACAAUUCUAUGACUGAAGAACAAGCUGCAGUUGAGAAACCAUCUAGAGGAUCUAAGAGAGAACCAAGAGGACCAAGAAGAAAGGCAAAAGAAGUUGAUUCAUUGGAAGAAGCUCAAUCGCCAGUAACUAGCAAUGCUCAACUAGAAGAGAGCACUGUGUCAAUGACAUCUGCUGAAGAUCCUCCAAAGAUUUCAAGUAGAGGACGAAAGAAAAAAGCUAGUCCUUCAACUACCUCAGAGAAAGAGAGCACUACCAAGAAGGUAGGUCGACGGAGAAAGUCUAAGGAGGUUCUCAAUGAAACAGAGGAUGAAAGCAAGAACAAUGAAGAUAGUAAGGAUCUUGAGAAACCCAUUUCCACUGAAUCUGGUAGUGAAAGCAAAGACAGCGACUUGGAACCAAAAGAAGAUGAGGAUGAAGAUGCAAGCAUAACUUAUGAUUGGCCUCCCCUUGUUUGUUGCUUUGGACCUGCCAAAUAUUCAUUUAUACCAUCUGGAAGGCCAGCUAAUAGACUAGUUGACUAUGAUAUGCAUGAAAGCAGAAAAGGGUUGAUAUGGACUCCUACCAAGUUUGUUAGAGCACCGGGGACUUCAUCUUACCAUGUGGCAUUGGCUCUUGCUAGUUUAGGUGGCAAGGUAGCAUAUAUGGGUAAACUGGGUGAUGAUGAUUAUGGUCAUAGUUUGCUCUAUCACUUGAAUUUGCACAAUGUUCAAACUCGAUCAGUUCGCAUAGAUGGCAAGAGAGCUACUGCACUUUCCUAUAUGAAGCUGAGCAAAAGGGGAGGAAAACUUAGACUGACCUGUGCUAGACCUGGUUCUGAAGAUUGUUUCUCCAGCUCAGAGAUCAAUGUUGAUGUUCUGAAGGAGGCUAAGAUGUUUUAUUUCAAUUCUUCAUCUUUGGUUGACCAAGAAAUGAGGUCCACAACCAUGGAGGCCAUUGAUCUUUUGAAGAAGCUUGGUGGGGUGGUUUUCUUUGAUUUAAACCUCCCAUUGCCCCUAUGGAAAUCUAAAGAGGAAACAAGAACACUCAUUGAGCAGGCUUGGAAGCAAGCUGAUUUUGUGGAGGUGACCAAGCAAGAAUUAGAGUUUUUAUGUGGCAUUGAACCUUCAGAGAAGUUUGAUACCAAAGAUAAUGACAAGUCCAAGUUUAUCCAUCACAAACGAGAAGUGAUCAGUCCAUUGUGGCAUGAAAGUCUCAAGGUUUUAUUUGUGACUAAUGGGACUUCUAAGAUACACUACUACAUGGAGAAAACAGAUGGUGCAGAAAAUGGAAUGGAGGAUGCCCCUAUUUCCCCCUUCACUUGUGACAUGUCUACUUCAGGUGACGCCAUUGUUGCUGCUCUAAUGAGAAUGUUAGUGCUCCAGCCUGACCUCUGCACUGAUAGAGGAUAUCUACGGCAUGCAGUCAAGUAUGCCAUUAACUGUGGAGUUCAUCACCAAUGGCUCAUUGGCCGAAUAAGGGGGUUCCCUCCAAAAGAAGAGAGUCUAGAACCACCAUAUGAAUCACAUGGAUUCAGCUCUAUUACAGAGAAGGAAUAUCGCACAAUCGAGCGUGACCCAGAGAUGAAAUUUCGAACAAGGCCACCAGAAUUAGAGGAGGAAUUCCAUACAGAGGAACCUGAAACUGAGUCUGAACCUGAACUUGAACCUGAACCGAUACGCUCAUGAGGGUAAUGUUGAAAUGAAAAUGAUUGGUAGGGGAAAAAUAUCGACGAAAAAAAGCUUGUAUGGAUAAUGGGGGGUUGGUUUAUAGAGUGGGAGUUACAGUCCCCUUGUAAAAUUUUGUGAUUGUUUGAUGAUGUGGUGUUGUAGCGGGCAUCAUGUCCUAUUUAUCAAAGAAGAGAGAAGAAAAACGUCUAAUC